AUUUACCAAAAUCCCACCUUCACAGUCUCACUCUAUAAACCCUUCACUGCGCUGCAAGUCUGCAACCCACAUACCAGAGGCCACACACGAAGAACAAGCAAGUAUGGCCAAACGCUUCAAACUAAGAAUCUCCAAACUGAUCCCAUACUUCAAAUCUUGCCGAUCCAAAGACCUUACCACUCUCCCCAUCGUUCCUGUCCCUUCGUUUCUUAGUCUUUCUCCCGUCAAACCCAACCCCAUCACCCUCCAUCUCCCACCACCAACACCCUCCUCCAUCAAGCGCCAUACGUCCUCUGCCUUCACUUCAAUUGGCUGCGGAUUCCGAUCCAGACCCACCGCGCACCACGAAAACAGCACAGAAUCUCCUCCUCCUGAUCAUUUCUUCCAUUGGGAGAAACAAGAGAAAUGGCACGUGGUCAACAAACUCUAUAGCGAAGAAGAUGACGAGGACUCCUCCCCUCGACGCAAAAUCUACAACUCCUCCGCGUCCGGACACACAUCCGACGCCGCUUUGUCUCUUCCACCACUAAACCCAAAACGACGAACCCGGAAGGAGAAAACGAAACCAAGAAUCCGAGUCAGCACUUCCUCCGCCGAUAGCGGGUUAUUCAGCUGCGAGAGCUUCACCGAUGACGCAUUGACGGAAACCUUGGUUUCUUCUUUUGCAAGCUUCUCCAUGGAUUCCUCCCCACCUCCCAAGUUUCACGCGAAAGUUAAGAACUUGAAACGGCGCCGUUCAAAGACGAGAAAGAGCUUUGGAGUGUCGUCGUUCUCGCCGGCAAGACUGUCGUUCUUCCAAGGGCUGAUACCGUGCGUGGUUGAAGGAAAAGUGAGGGAAAGCUUUGCAGUAGUGAAGAAAUCACAAGACCCACAUGAAGAUUUCAAGAGAUCGAUGAUGGAGAUGAUAUUGGAGAAGCAGAUGUUUGAAGAGAGAGAUUUGGAGCAGUUGCUUCAUUGUUUCUUGUCUUUGAAUUCAAGGGAUCACCAUGGGGUUAUCAUCGAAGCGUUUUACGAGAUUUGGCAGGUUUUGUUUUGUAGAAGAUCGACGAGCGGUAGAGUUUCAACAACUAUCAAAAUAGGUUCUUUGAAAUUAUAAUCAGUUAUUUGUUAAUGUAAAUAAAUGGUGUAGGGUUUGAAGUGCUGACUUGCUUCAAUACUUCAUAGUUUUCUGAAGACUCUGAAAACAUGAAUAGAGUAUCAACCUACGGAGAUAAACAUGAUUAAUCUUAUUUGAUCGAUUAAGGCUGUCAUGAUUAAG